UUCCACCCUGUGAGCCUCGGUACUUUCCGGAUCGCUGAAUAUUUAAUUUUCUCCAGUUACUUUUUCCAUGCUCUGUGUACACGGCUGGCUGUGGUGAAGUACGUUCUGCGCAGUUGAUAGCAUGCAUCAGUAGCACGCUCAAACGGUUGAUAAACAUUUAUCUCGACCGUUUAGACAUAAGAGGUGAUUGAUAAUUGAACUUACCGGGCUGAGAAGUAUUUUAAGCAAAUUAAAAAUGCGAACUUUUCAUCAGUUGUUAGUACUUUGGAUGUGUUUAAUGAGGCAGUGCACUUCGGAGGAAUCUACGAUAAUUGCUGAAGAGGAAAUACAAUCUAAUCAAACAGUUGUGGUUUCAACGGAUGAUGACAAUUCGUCCAAAGUGCUUUCACGACGAAAACGAUACAUUGUGUUUCCAGAAGGAGCAAGUUUCUCGGUCGCUGUCUGUAUGACAAUCGGUAUGUAUGGAAAUCCCAAUUAUCAAAUGUUCAGUUGGGCUUUGAAUUGGGGCAUUGCGUACAAUUUACCCAACCAGACAAUAAGUUUUGAACACGAAAUGAAGGAGCCUAAACCAUUGGCUCAGCGAAGACAUCGGCGUGACUUAUACCAUAAAUUGGAGGUAGCCAUGAACGACAUGGGAUACAGUGGACGGGAUUGCAUUUUGCGAGCCCUGUGUGAAAGUUCGCAGUACUUCGGAAAGAAAGGAUCCAAUAUGAUAGCGGAAAUGCUGCGAACAUUGUUUAGUUUUCCAAAGUCCAAAGUGUUAUCGUUCGAGCACAGCGAUACCCGAAUCUACGAUGAAGCACACCGGAAAGGACGGAGCAAAGUUAUGUGCCAGUCGCUGUAUCCCACCUGUGGGUUUUCGUUACUGGAACUUGCAUUGGGAAAGUAUACCAGUCCGUACAGUUUUAUUGUUUUCGUCGACGAGGAGCUGGAUGAUAAUCACGUCGCACGUGCCGCUAGCACAGUUCCACAGUUUGGGCAAUCGCUGAGCAGCGUUGACAUUGACGAGAAUAUGAUUGCCAGGGCUGCCUUAAAACUCAAAACGUCGUACAAUCCGGGUCCCGAUGGUAUUCCGUCAGCGUUCCUUAAGAUGCAAAUCAACAACCUUCUGUCACCAUUGCUUCAUGUUUUCCGACUCUCCGCAACCACUGGCCUAUUUCCAACGUUCUGGAAAUUUGCACACAUGUUUCCAGUCCACAAAAAGGGGAGCAGACAAGAGGUUGGCAAUUAUCGCGGCAUUACUUCGCUCUGUGCCAUCGCCAAACUGUUUGAAAUCGUCAUCAUGGACCCGCUAUUCGCUCACUGCAAACCGUAUAUUAGCUCCGACCAACAUGGAUUCAUGCCGGGUCGCUCUACGGCCACCAAUCUGCUGUGCCUUACCUCCCAUAUCAUCGAGAGCAUGUCGAAGCGCGUUCAAACAGACGCUAUUUACACCGACCUGACUGCAGCAUUUGACAAAUUGCACCAUCAGUACUGCUCGGUUGUUUGGAACCCGUUCUACAAUAAUGGGGUCGGAAGGAUCGAGUCCGUCCAACGACGGUUUCUGAGGUACGCUCUUCGACGUUUGCCCUGGAACAAUCCAUAUCGUUUACCAAGUUACGAAAGCCGCUGUCAGCUAAUCCACUUGGAACCGCUGUCGACCCGUAGAGAUACUGCCAGGGCUUUACUAGUAACAGAUAUUCUACAGGGACGCAUCGAAUGUCCCGCUCUCCUUGGUCAAAUAGACAUCAAUGUCCAACCUCGUGCUCUUCGCAACAACUACAUGCUGCGGCUGCCUUUGAACCGGGCGAACUACAGCAUGUUCGGGAGUGUCAAUGGGCUGCAGCACAACGUGUCCGAUUUUUAUACUCACAUCAUAAUGGUAAAGUAUUUGUUCCUCAAAAUGUGUGCAAAUAAUAACAGCCUUUCACGUCAACAGGAAUGCUACAUACAGUUACUAGUUUUGGUGAUAUUUUCGAUUGGAUACUGUUUGACCUGGGAGCUCGCAGCAAACGAUCUGGACAGCGUGAGCCCUGUGAACCGAACAAAUCCUGUCUAUUUGGAUGAAACGAGUUCAGCAAAAGUUCUAUCCCGACGAAAGCGAUUUGUUGUAUUCCCAUUGGGCUCAAGUUUUUCGGUUGCCGCUUGCAUGACAGUCGGUGUAUAUGGAAACCCCAAUUAUCAAAUGUUCAGUUGGGCUAUGAAUUGGGGUAUUGCGUACAAUUUGCCUAACCAGACGAUAAGCUUCCAGAGUGAGAUGAUGGAGCCCAAACCAAUGGCCCAACGAAGGCAUCGACGUGAUUUAUACCAUAAGUUGGAGGUGGCCAUGAACGACAUGGGCUACAAAGGUCGAGAAUGCGUUUUGCGAGCGCUGUGCGAAAGUUCACAGUAUUUUGGAAAGAAGGGAUCCAAUAUGGUAGCGGAAAUGCUGCGAACAUUGUUUAGCUUUCCAAAGUCCAAAGUGCUAUCGUUCGAGCACAGUGAUAACCGAAUCUACGACGAAGCACAUCGGAAAGGGCGAAACAAAGUUAUGUGUCAGUCGUUGUACCCUGCCUGUGGAUUUUCGUUACUUGAGCUUGCGUUGGGCAAGUACUCCAGUCCUGUUAGUUUUAUGUAAUUUAGUGAUAAUUUUAUGCAUUGAA